UCACGCCCGCACCGGUGGCGGUCGCCCUCGCUCUGGCUCUCCGGGCUCCGGGCUCCCCUUCUCGUCCUCCCAGCUUGUCCUCUUCUUUCCACCAGCAUAUGCUUUCGGCCGCUCCAACGCCGUUCGCUACAAGCUAAAACCAUGGGGAAAAGCCGAAAAGGAAAGGGGGAGAGGCUAGUGCUGUGGUGCUAGUUUACUGCUCACGCUGUGGUGGAGCAGGUGGUUUCUUUUUGGUCGGGUUCACCGGGUCUGGUGAAAACGGCCGCCCGCUGAAUUUGUUCUCUGUCCGCUGGUGCGUGAGUGCCCAAGGCUUGUUGAGGCUUCUUCCCCUUUCGUGCUUCUGUUGCUGGUGUCCACUAUCCAUUCCAUCCGGUGAUUUCUUCCUCCGUAUGGGCACUUGGGCUCGUGCUACUGCCUGCUGGUGAUUCUCGAUUACGCGUGGAAAGAUUUCAGGCCCAACACGCAUCCGCUACAGGUUAUCGUGGGAUAUCUUCUGCAAAGAUGAGAUUUUGAUGGAUCCAAUCCCACGAGUUCUUUGGAGGAGGAAUCAGGCGUCCUGAAUCCAAGCGCAGAAACCGGUCUCCUGCCAAUAAAGGGCAGUUGCCCGCGUAGUGCUCGUUGAAAAGCCGCACCGAGGGAGUUGCAUCUCGCCACCAUCGCAGCAGCCGUCACGAUGAGGGAUUUUGCAUCUUGCCUGAGUCACGGCGCCGUCCAGGUUGCGCACACCUCUUCUUCAGGUGGGCAGAACUUGGUGCGGUGCGCCUACCUGGCCCGCCUGCGCGGCAAGCCUUGCCGGGUCACCGUCACCUGGACCAAGGUGGCCAUGGGGCAGGCCCUCGCCAUCGCCAUCCAUGACUGCUCGAAACGCUGCCUCUGCAAGGCAGAGGUGAAGCCCUGGCUGUUCUCCAAGAUGAAGGGUUCCAAGGUCAUGGAGUUGGACGGUGGUGGCGAUGUGGAGAUCAUCUGGGACCUGUCAUCUGCGAAAUUUGCAGCUGGGCCAGAACCCCUUGAAGGCUUCCAUGUGGCUCUGGUCCAUGAUCUUGAAGUUGUCCUUGUUCUUGGCGACCUGCAUAAGCAGGAGGAGCACCGGGUUUUGUCGGAUGCUUCACAUUCUGAUGCAGUCAUGAUAGCUAGAAAGGAGCACAUUUAUGCAAAGAAGGUGUAUUCUGCGAAAGCUCGGUUCUUGGACAUUGGCCAGCUUCAUCACAUCUCCAUAGAGUGCGACACGGCAGGGGUGAGGGAUCCAAGCUUAGAAAUUAGGAUUGACAAGAAGAAAGUGUUGCAGGUGAAGAGGCUAGCAUGGAAGUUCAGAGGGAACCAGACGAUUUAUGUCGACGGACUUCCAGUAGAGGUGCUCUGGGAUGUGCAUGACUGGUUGUUUACUUCAUCAAGUGGAUGUGCCGUGUUUUUGUUUCGGUCUGGCCAAUCAAUGGAAAAGUUCUUGAGAACAUGCUCACAGAAUGAAAAGGAGGCUCAAGCACAUCGUUUCGGUUUCACUUUGAUACUAAAUGCGUGGAAGACUGAGUAGGCACUAGGCAGAAACAUGAUUUUAGGUUUCUUCAGCAACUCUUUUCUGAAUGAUGAAUAGUAAGUAAGAGUAGGAAUAAAACAAUAUGCAAGAAUUUUAUGCUCCUUACAUAUGUUGUCAUGGUGGUUGUUGACAAACUGAGAUUUUGGAUAUGCAUAUGAUCUUUUAAUAUAUCAAGAGGUUUUCAGAUAGGAUAUGGAAUUUCUAGUGCUCAA